AUGGAUGUUAUUUGGCCUAUCGAGCCAAAGCUUCAAAACGGGCACAGAUUUCACUUUUGGUCACCAUUGAUUACUUCACCAUGGGUGAGAGCCGCUCCACUUUCAAAGCAGUCACCAAGAAACAGUGUAGACUUUGUUCAUUCCAACAUCAUCUGUCGUUUUGGUAUCCCAAAAAUCAUUAUCACUGACAAUGCAGCCAAUCUAAAUUGUCAUCUGAUGAAAGAGGUAUGCGAGCAAUUAAAAAUUGUGCAUCGCCACUCUACCCCUUACCAUCCAAAAGCCAAUGGAGUCGCUGAAGCAGCAAACAAAGAACAUAAAGAAGAUUAUCAGGAAGAUGAUCCAAGGUCCAAGCAAUGGCAUGAAAAGUUGCCUUUUGCUCUUUUGGGAUACCGCAACGACUACUUGCAUAUUUUAGGUGCAACUCCUUAUCCGCUGGUAUAUGAACUGAAGCUGUUAAUACCGGAUUGA